AUGUGUCUCUUUUCAUGUUCCCAAACAUGCGUCUCUUUUCAUGUUCCCAAACAUGCGUCUCUUUUCAUGUUCCCAAACAUGCGUCUCUUUUCAUGUUCCCAAACAUGCAUGUUCCCAAACAUGCGUCUCUUUUUCAUGUUCCCAAACAUGCGCCUCUUUUCAUGUUCCCAAACAUGCAUGUUCCCAAACAUGCGUCUCUUUUCAUGUUCCCAAACAUGCGUCUCUUUUCAUGUUCCCAAACAUGCGUCUCUUUUCAUGUUCCCAAACAUGCGUCUCUUUUCAUGUUCCCAAACAUGCGUCUCUUUUCAUGUUCCCAAACAUCUUUUUCAUGUUCCCAAACAUGCCUCUUUUCAUGUUCCCAAACAUGCGCCUCUUUUCAUGUUCCCAAACAUGCGCCUCUUUUCAUGUUCCCAAACAUUUUUCAUGUUCCCAAACAUGCGUCUUUUCAUGUUCCCAAACAUGCGUCUCUUUUUCAUGUUCCCAAACAUCUUUUUCAUGUUCCCAAACAUGCGCCUCUUUCAUGUUCCCAAACAUGCUUUUCAUGUUCCCAAACAUCAUGUUCCCAAACAUGCCCCUUUUCAUGUUCCCAAACAUGCAUGUUCCCAAACGCAUGCUCUUUUCAUGUUCCCAAACAUGUUCAUGUUCCCAAACAUGCGCCUCUUUUCAUGUUCCCAAACGCAUGCCUCUUUUCAUGUUCCCAAACAUCUUUUCAUGUUCCCAAACGUCCUUUUCAUGUUCCCAAACGUCUUUUUUCAUGUUCCCAAACAUGCCUCUUUUUCAUGUUCCCAAACGUAUGCCCUCUUCAUGUUUUCAUGUUCCCAAAUGUUCCCAAACGUGCUCUCUUUUCAUGUUCCCAAACGUCUUUUCAUGUUCCCAAACAUGUUCCCAAACGUAUGCCUCUUUUCAUGUUCCCAAACGUGCGCCUCUUUUUCUUCCCCAUCCCAAACGCAAACCUCUCAUUUCCCAAACGUCAUGUUCCCAAACAUGUUCCCCAAACGUCUCCUCUUUCAUGUUCCCAAACAUGUUCCCAAACGUGCGCUCUUUUUCAUGUUCCCAAACGCAUGCCUCUUUUCAUGUUCCCAAAACAUGUUCCCAAACGUCUCUUUCAUGUUCCCAAACGCGCGCUCUUUUCAUGUUCCCAAACGUAUGCUUUUCAUGUUCCCAAACCUCGUUUUCAUGUUCCCAAACGUCUCUUUUCAUGUUCCCAAACAUGCCUCUUUUCAUGUUCCCAAACAUGCGCCCUCUUUUCAUGUUCCCAAACAUGCGCCUUUUCCCAAACAUCCCUUUUCAUGUUCCCAAACAUGCUCAUGUUCCCAAACAUGCGCCUUUUCAUGUUCCCAAACAUGUUCCCAAACAUGCGUCUCUUUUCAUGUUCCAAAUAGAAUUUUCAUGUUCCCAAACAUGCCUCUUUCAUGUUCCCAAACAUGCCUCUUUUUCAUGUUCCCAAACAUUUUUUCAUGUUCCCAAACAUGCAUGUUCCCAAACAUAUGUUCCCAAACAUUUUUUCAUUUCCCAAACAUGAUGUUCCCAAACAUUUUUCAUGUUCCCAAACAUUCUUUUCAUGUUCCCAAACAUGCGUCUUUUUCAUGUUCCCAAACAUAUAAACAUCUAUUUCAUGUUCCCAAACAUGCGUCUCUUUUCAUGUUCCCAAACAUGCGUCUCUAA